AGAAAAGAACACUUCUUUCAUUUCCAUGUUCUACAACUGUGACUUUUGCAGGGAAACUUUGUGAAUUGCUUGCAGAAAGAAACGCGUUCACAGUACUUCAGCUGACAUGAAAGGCUGGAAACUCUGUCUCAUCUUCAUCUUUCCACUGCUGACUUCAACUCUUGGAGGAGAGGACACGGUGGCAGAAGACAUCGGUGUCCAUCAACUGGAGCGAUUAGUGGAGAUGCUGACGGUAAAGGAGUGCGAAGAUCUUCUACGCACUCUCUCCCACCCGGAGGAAAAUAUAUUCCAUCGACUUGAACGCCUCUCGCCGAAAAAAAAUCUAUCAGCUCUUAAGUCCCGCACCAAAAGAGACACAUCUUUAUUUGUGGACAGUGAGGCUCAGUGUCAGGCAGCCCUCACAGAGUGGCUGCUGCAGUACGGUGACCACACCUACUAUGACAGGCUCACACGCGCCUUGCAGCACAUUGGCAGAAGUGACAUCGCCAUUGAAGUGGGGAAGAACAUCAAUCAGGACAAAGUGUUGAAGCUGAAGCGCUACGUGGACGGUUAUCACAAAUAUGUGAGCUCUUUAAACAUCCCGUCAGUACAAGUGGAUCCAAAACAAGAUGCAGGUCAGAAGGUCAAGAAAAGAACUGUGAGGGAUCUGAGUUGGCGUGACCUUGACCUGAUUGUGGAGCGAGCGCCUGUUCCCCCGUACAUGAAGGGACCCAUGGACGUAUUUCUGCCAGUCUUGUAUGGCUUCAUGAUGGGCUUCACAGGUCACAUGAGCAGCUGGAACCAAUCCCAGAUGGCAUUGGGAAAGCGUCCUGUCACACCCUGGAUGAGAUGAUGAAGACAAUAGUGAUAAUGAUAAUUAUCAUUCAUGUUCAUUUUGUGAAAUACUCCUGGUCUCUAUCUUCACUGUACUCUCGUUGUAAAUGUGAUGUUUUGUUUGAAGUCUGCUGAACUUGUUUCUCUACAUGUGACACCUACUGCAAGUCUGGUCUAAGGACAGAGGGUCUAAGGACAGGAUGAUGGUAGAUAAUUACCCAAGUAUGUUCCUGUUGGAUUUUGGGAAGAAUCUACCCACUACCCACAUGACAUCACAAAAAAUGUUUCUUAUAAAGAGCAAAACUGUAAAAAACAAACACUUUUUGGAUUCAGGAUUCCAGAUUUGGUGGCAACCCACAUUUAUGUUCAGUGUGAGAGUCGCUACUGUGUCCCUUUGGCCAAAGGUACAAGGGGUAACAAAGUAACCAGACCACAGACACACAGUCACUGGAACUGCUCUACUUUUCACUUUUUACUCUUAUUCUACUUUGUAGUGAUUUUAAAUGAUUUUAACAUGUCUUUAUUGUGGUUUUAGGUUUUAGGUCUUGUUCUUAGUGUAAUCUUAGAACAAGAACAAUCUAAGUGUUGUUUUGUCGUCUGUAAUUGAUGAGCAAAGACAAUAAAGACGUAUUCUUCCAUCCAUCUUCUACUGCUUUAUCCGCCACAUGAGGGGGGUGACAUAGGGCGAUAGGCGGGGUACACCCUGGACAUUUCACGAUGUAUUCCAUUCCAUU